AUGAGCACCACCCAAGAUGACCCCACCCGCUCCCCACUGCUAUCCCCCCACGGCGACGAGGGCGCAGCCAUGGACCUCUCCGAUCUCCCCGACUCCAUCCUCCCUCUAGACGACACCACCAUGUCCACCGCCCAACACAUCUACACCCCUCCCCCCCACCUCGCCGCCCGCUUCUACCGCACCAAAGCCGCCGGUCGCCGCAAGUCCUCGGCCACCUCUUCCCGCCGCAACUCCCUCUCCUCCGUCCACUCCCACGCCUCUUCCCUCUCCCACCACCGUCGCGCCUCAGGAUGUCAAAGCAACUACAUCGCCCAGCACCUCCGCCGUGCCUCCAUCAUCGAGUCCCGCAAAGCCCGCCUCGCCGACCGCGCCGCCCACGCCGAGCAAGUCCGUCUGCGCGCUGCGCUCGCCAAAGCCGCGCCGCGUGGGAGCACGAGUAAUAGCGAGGAGCGCGCGUUGGCGGCGCAAGUCGCGAAGGAGAAGUAUCUGGCGAAAGUAGCGGCGGCAUGUGCGGAGGAAGUGGCGCGCGCGAAGCGCGUGGCGGAGGAGGUGAAGGAGAGGAAGUUGGCGGAGGAGACGCGCGCGAGGCUGGAGAUGGAGGAGAGGCAUGCGGAGGCGGAGAGGAGGAGGGCGGAGUAUCAGCGGAAUUUGCAGGCGAGGAGGGCGAGGCGGGCGGAUAGUAGUGAGAAGAAGCUUUCGACGCUAGAGGAGGUGUUGGAUGGGGACGAGGAGGCUGUGGUGGACGAGGUGGUGGUGGAGAAGGUGGUGUUGAGCGAGGAGGAGGCGGCGAAGAGGUUGCAGAGGAUUGUGAGGCUGUUUCUUAAAGAGAAGGUUGUGAAGGUGUUUCGCGAGAUGGAGUUACACGCAAAGUCGAAGAGGGAGAGCUUCGAGGAUAUGACUGCGUUGGUCGCGGAUACACAUACGAUUACAGCGACCACGGCGAUCCUGAUGCAGCUCGGCCUUCAAGAUAGGAACGACGAGAACGCUGCGCUGAACAGCCGCACCUUCCUCAGCGCAUAUAUGAUCACCGGUCAUCCUGUUGCAGUACUCAAUAACAAGAACGGCGCGCAGGAGCAGGAUCUCAUGGCCAAAGCGACCGAGUUGAUCGAGAACUUCGAAGUGAUUGUCGGCCGUCUUUCGAGAUGGAACAACUUCUCGCCAAACCCUACUCAGCUGGAGAAUCUGUCGCAAGCUUAUACAGCCUACACCUCUGCUUUCGCGGCUUGGAGAUUGCAGGACUCAUCCGUGCUGAUCGAGGGCAUGGUGGCUUCGUUCGUGGAGCUGGAUGCGAUCUGGCAGACCGUGAAAGACGACACUCGCGGUGAAGUGGCCAGCGACUACCGCGAAGGCAUUCGUGACAACCAAGUCAUGCUACUCUCUCGCAUCAGGAAGCUGGCUGGUCCGGACCGUGCGGACGUCUUGAUCAAGAAAGCUAUCAGAGAGAGCAGGAGGAAGCGACCGAAGAAGCGGGCAACUGCUGAAGUACGGCCGCGUGGUGUCGAGUCUGCGGACGCCCAGUCCAGCGCGCAGCCAGCUCUGGAAGCUGCCGUGGAAUCGGACUCAGACGAUGCGCGUCCGAUCAGCCCAGCUGGCGAUGUUGACUUGGAGCAACAGGUCAGGCAGCUCUUCACGCCUAUGCCUAGCAAUAGGGUUUUGACCCACGAACUGGCCAUCGACAAAGACUACCGCUUAGAAGACACUCAAUCCGAGUUCCGCGCGCAGUUCUACCGUAGCCUCUGCGACAACAUGAAACGAGGCUUUGAGAACGGCAAUGGCACAGUCUGGACGGUGUCAGCAGCGCAGAACGUCAGCGAGAAACUAUUGCGAAUGCUUAAGCCGGGCAACUCGAUGCACACGCUCAUCUCGGAAACCCUAGACGCCGACUCCAUCAACCGUCAAUGCCAGCAAGGCGUCUUCUCCUACGACGGCUUCUUCAAAUUCAUGGCCGAUGUCCUGCCGAAGCUCUGCGCUCCCUUCCGCGACGCUGAGAUCAAGGCUCUUGCGUCCGAUUUGCAGGACUCCAGCAGCGGAGAGCUGGACGCCAUGAUCGAGAAGCUCUUCAAACUCAUGCGUGCGGUGGAUCUGCUGAGUCUGGACUACACGAACUUCAUGAUCAUGAACGCCGCCCCCACCCUCAUUCGCGAAGCUCCCGGCUACGAGCAGCGCAUGUUCGCCAAAGACCUCGAAUCCGGCGCGCUCACGCUCGACCGCACGAGGGAGUUCUGCCGUUCAUCCUACGUCACACUCUCCGCUGAAGCCGACCGCAGAGAUCCAGAGGGCGUGCGUCUCCUCUCUGAUCGCCCGAGUUUACACCGCGUCUACGCCCACGCGCUGUGCAAUCUCGCCCUGGACAUCGGGCCUUUGCCUGCAGAAGCUGUACCGGAGACACUGGCGCUGGAUCUCGCGCGGCUGCGUGAAGUGAGGACGCAGACGGUGCGGAUCACGAUCAUCGCGGCCAUUUUGCUGAACGCGAAGAACCUGCUCCGCCGCGACUCGAGGAGCCAGUGGAAGAACGAGGCGUCUCGCUUGUGGACGCUUCUGAGCAGCGAGGCGUACGACGGCAGCACGUCCGUCAAAGGCGACGCAGGCCCCGAGGAGGAAGAACGCCUGAGUACCGCGAGCAAGGCCCUGGCGAUACUGGAAACAUCCCACAACAUCCCCCCCGCCACCCGCACCACCCUCUCCGGCUCCAUCACCCGCUUCUUCGCGCAAGCCGCCUCCACGCACACCCGUUUCACCGACCCUCUCCUCAAAAUCCUGCACUCCCGCCUCCGGUCCCACAUUUUGGCACGUUUAUCCGCCAGCACGUCGAGCGAGAGGGUUAGGGUGACGUCAGGCGCGAGUGAAGCGCUUAGCGGGUUCGGAAUGCCCGAGUUCGUGGAACGCGUGGGAGGGGUUGUGGGGGUUUUGGAGCGGGUGAGGGGGGUUGAUGGGGGGGGGCAUGGGGGGUGGUAUGAUGAGAUUUUCGGAGAACUGUCGAGGUGA